AUGUCAGCUCAAAGUCCACCUCAAAGUGCUAAGAAUGAACCAUCCAUCUUAGAAGAUGCCUCCACUCUAUUAAUGUUUUCCAAAGGUAGUAAUGAAGGUUCUCAGAAAUCAUCGACUUCAUCUCAAGGUUCUCAACAUCAUCAACACCAUCCUGUACAACCACCAUCGCAACCUCACACACAGCAGCACAUGUUGCCAUAUCAAGCACCACCACUUUCCAGAACUUCUACUCUUGGUGGUAUGUCACCUGCAAAUCCGCAAGCAUCACCAGGACCUGCAUCCGUUGCACUUUUACACAAUGAUAGUAGCUCAUUCAGAGAACAAAAUGGGUCUGAUUCGGUUUCACAUUUUGCCAAUCAACAUAAAACCGGUUCAAUGGCGGUAGAACAACCAGAUGAUAACGGCAAGGGAAUGGUUGCAGCAGCAGCAUUAGCAGCAGCAGCCACUGUACCGUUACCUCUUAAGUCUCAUAGUCGCUCAAGUUCAAAUACGAAUGAGACAUCCGAGUGGCCAGUACCUGAUUCCUACAUCGUUAAUAUCGAUUCAGGUGUUAUUACAUGUAUUUGUGGAUUUGAUGACGACGAUGGCUUUACCAUUCAAUGCGAUCAUUGUAAUAGGUGGCAACAUGCUAUUUGCUAUAAUAUUAAGGACAUCGAAACCGCACCCGAUGAUUAUUUGUGUAACAUCUGUUAUCCAAGGAGACUAGACGUUAAAAGAGCAAAAAGGAAGCAAUUGGAAAGAUUACAACGUAACAGACCAUCCAAUGGUUCACGUAUAACUGCUAGUUACGGUGACGAUUUUGAAAAACAUAGUGGUUUAAGGGCAGGUCCCAGUGAACGUGGACAUGAGGAUUGGAAUUCUCAGUUGGAUAUGGUUGAUAAUGGCGAUGACGCUAAUGAUGAACAACGUCGCAAAAGAAAAAGACACGAGGAUUCCACUGAAGAUACAAAGAGAAGGAAGGAAAGUCCGAUUUAUUUGAAUGCAAAGGAUGCAUAUUCUGAAAUUUAUCUACCCACAGAAAAUUACGAGUUUAAGGACAGAUAUGUGAAAUUAUUUAUUGAUAAGCAUAAUGAUGACGACUGGGUAAUCCCCUAUAAUAAGGAAAAAUUCGAAGCAAUGCCAUUAGAAGUGAGAACUUAUGCAGAUACGAAUAACUCCAAAGUCUUCCCAGGAUUUUCCAAACUGGGGGUACAUGUUGGUGAAAGGUGUAAUAAAGGUAAAUUAAUUUGUGAAUAUUUGGGUGAAGUGGAUUUCCAAAAAAAUUAUCUGUUGGAUCCAAGAAAUCAUUAUAGAAUUUGGGGGACAACAAAGUUACGCGUUUUAUUUCAUCCUCAUUGGCCUCUAUACAUUGAUGCAAGACUAGCUGGUAAUGUGGCUCGUUAUGUGCGUAGAAGUUGUAAUCCCAAUGCAGAAUUAGCUACCAUCAGAAUGACCAGCAGUAAUGAGGUGAAAUUUGUUUUACGGGCCACAAGGGAACUGGAAGAAGGUGAAGAGAUACAUUUGGAUUGGCAUUGGGACUUAAGGCAUCCUAUUUGGCAGAUAAUUAAAGGUACAGCAACUCUGGAUUCACUUAACGAUCCUGACAAAUACUUAUUAAUCCACUCAAUAGAUGCUGUGCUAAGCACUUGCGACUGUGCCUGUGGUAGUAACAAUAAAGACUGUGUUUUACUCAAAGUAAAAAAGUUUUCGCAAGCUCUUUACAAGUCGGUCAAAUCAAAGAUGAAUAACAGAUACAAAUUGAAUGAAAUUUUAAAUCAGUAUCAGGGGAAGAAGAGAAGACAACCUCCAAUCUUAGAUCGUUUUUCAACAGAAACAACCAAUAACAAAGAAAGGGCUUCACAAGUAUUGGCUGAUCUCAAUAAUAAAAGAUUUAACAUUGUUGAAUCAGACAACGUUGGACGUAUAGUAAGAGAUGAUACUGUUAAACCUUACAAAUGGAAGCUUAUGGAAUCUUAUACACUGGCCAACAAAAGACCGCUAACGGUGUCUGCUGCCAUGCCAAAUCAGGUGACAAACCCUCUUGAAUACGACGAAUCCAAGGUUAACGAUCUCGAAGUGUUACCAAUUCCCAUUGUAUUAGAGGUCCCACUUUCCAAUAUUAAUAACCAUUCAAGCAGCAGUAUCAAAGUUGACGCUGCUCUGGGGACAAAUGCAUUGCCUUCUACCAGUGAUAUAAGACCACAGGAAUCUUCGUCAGAUCAGAAUUCCAUGAAUAACGAGAAGCGUACGGGAAGCAGUUCAAGUUUACAGGAAAUGUCAGAGAAGAAACCUACAAAGAAGAAAUUGAGCUUUGCAGACUAUCGUAAGAAGCAGUACAAAUAG